AAACCCCCCCAAUCCACUUAAAUGAAUCCCCAGAAUUACAAAGAAAAGAAAAAGACAAAAAGAAAAAGAAAAUAACCCCGCACCUCGCAGCAGACGACGCCAAUCAGCUGAGCGACUUACCAGAAAAAUCAAGUUAUUAUUGACCUAAUGAACGAUUUUCUUCCGCUUUCUACCCUUUUUCUCAGCAGAGAAGACUCAUACCAGUGCACUGCGCAGAUGGGGACAACUUGGGCGUCAAUUUUAGCGUAAUUGGUACUUCAAAUGUCUAUUGCAUCUGUCACAAGAAUGGCUUCGUGCAACUGCUUCCUCUACUUUGCCUAUGGCUCUAACCUCCUGACCGAGCGCAUCCACAUUAACAAUCCUUCAGCUAAGAUGGUGGACAUCGGCAAGCUGAAGGACUUCCGUCUGGACUUCAACUACUUCAGCCAGCGGUGGCAGGGGGCGGCUGCGACCAUUGUAGAGGACCCCGGCAACCACUUGUAUGGAGUCCUCUGGGAGAUUGCCAAUGAGGACAUGAAACACCUGGAUAAGCAAGAAGGUGUUGACCAUGGCGUGUACAAAGCCAUCGAAGUUGACGUUGAGGCAUCUGACGGGAAGAUGGUGAAAGCUCGCUCGUACCAGCUGAUACGGCCCCUGGAGAAAGACCGACGGCCGUCUUUUGUCUACUUGGAUGUCAUCCUGCGAGGUGCCAAAGAAAAUGGACUUCCUAAGGAUUACAUAGACUUCCUGGAAGGCAUCGAACACAAUGGCUAUAAGGGUAAGGUGGAAGUCAACCUGAAUAUCAACAAACAGAAUGCUGAUUAAGUGUCAGCAUCACUACGGUCUGAACUGUUUGCUCAGUUCUGUGGAAGAGAUUAAGCAUCUUGAGGACUGAAGAUGUGGAAUUUUAAAUUGUUAAGACUGUAUUUUAGUUAGGUGUUUUAAAUGUGAGUUCUGAUAUUUAUUUGUAGAGUAUUAUAUUUAUUUAUUUAUAAUGUUGGUCUGAGAUCAGCCUCUAUAAUUUAUUUUUGAAUAUCUAAGACAAUAGAUACUUCCUUUGAUGUAUUUAGGUUAAAGUAUUGAUUAAAUCUAAUGACCUUAUAUACAUGUUAAUUUAUGAAGUUGAUGUAAGUAAUGGCAUCAUAAAAAUAUUACUAUUAUUUUCCUCAUAUGUUACUGGUAAUGUCUAUCUUAUUAUUUCUAGUCAUUGAAUAUAGUUCACUUUACGUUGCCAUGCAUAUGACUGUUGCAUGGCAGCUGAGGUUGGAGCAGGUGCAACAGUCGGAGAUUGAGUAAGAGAAACAGUCUAAACUGUUUUCCUCUUUUUUCUCUGUUUUUAGAUGGUGACUUAUUUUCUUAAUUGCUCUUUGUCCAGUAUAGUUUACAUGCCAUUUGUAUGGGAAAGAUAUUAUUUUCACAGUAGCAGUAUCACUUACAUUUCCCUGACUGGUUUAAGCAAAUUUUGAUAAAUGGAAAAGCACCAAAAGUAAGAUAUCUGGUAUGAAUAUUUGUUUUUACAAAGGAGUGGAUUUGUCAUGUUCUGUCAGAUUAGUUUGGUAAGCACUCAGUUUACAUACUCAUUAACGUUAGAAGAUGAGCAUUGACUGUUUUGAGAAGUUUUAUUGCAACAUGAUGACAGUAACUGACUUCCCUUAUGCAAUGUUAGUACUGUUGGUUGCAAUAUUCUUAAUGGUAUUGAUUUGGCAACUUGUAGACAUAUCAAGACCUCCCCAUAACUUAGCCUCUGUAGCCCAGUAACCGUUCCUAGCUCGACAGUGCUCCCAUCAGCCAAAUAGCAAGUAGGAAUGCAGGCUAGCUCACAGAUCGGUCCCUUCGCUUGUAGCCAGUUCACUCUUCCCUGCAAGCGAGGUCAGGUUGCAUUACUGCAGUAACAAUGUAACAAGGCGUUUCAGUGCAUUCUUAACCACACUCUUUCAAUUACCGUGGAGUCUCCCAUACGUUGUAGCAUGGAUUUAGAGGCCAGACAGUAUCAAGUGCCAACCAAUAUUUGGUGGAUUGUUAGUUAGUGUGAUGGUCUGGUGUAGACUAUGAUAAGCAAGUUCUCUGCUCUCUCCUUCUCACUCAACUCAGAGAACGUAGAUUUAUCCCACAAGUAAAAUACCCUGCAGUUCCUUAAUGUUAAGGGAUUCAAAGAAGUAAAUAGGCCUUCAACCCUCUCAACGACAUCAAUUUAUAGAAAAGAGACUUUGGGUAAUUCUUUCCUCCCAAUUACCUUGUUUAGUUGGCGUAUUGUUCCCUCGGCAGUUCUAGUUUACGAGUGGCAGUGUAUGAUUGAUCGUUCUCAUCACAUUAACAACAUUUGUUAAUUUCAAGAAGAUUGGUACUGGCUGAGUGCAAGGUCAACAGCUGCAUGACACAGCAGAAUCACUUCAUGGUGCUGGAUAAAAGUCACGAGAACCGGUUUACACAGGAAUCAUGUUGAUAUAAAACAGAACUUUGAAAGUCAUAGUCUGGGAAGUUUAUAUUUAAUUGCAAUACCUUUUUACCUUUUCAAUCAUUAAAAUCAACUAGCAGGAAAUAUAGAAUAAUAAUUAACAACUUAAAUAAACUAAAUAAUAAUGUAAGGAUGAAAAUUUGGGCAUUUAUGUUACAGCUCUGAAAGACUGCCAAAAAAAUAAAUGGAGUUAUCAUUAAGGAAGGUUACAUUUAAAACUAGAAAUAUGAAAUUGUGUAUAAGCUUAAGACAUCAAAAUAAGUCUAUAAUAAGCUUAAGACAUCAAAAUAAGUCUAUAAUAAAUAAAGAGUCAGUCAUAUUAAGGUUAGAUAAACUAAGGGAGAUGAUUAUGGUCAACUGGAUACCAAAGGAAAGAAGAAAACUUUUAUUAAUAGGAACAGUGAUGUAUUUUCUUGGAUGCUGUUAAUGUUCUAUGGUCUGUUGUAUAUGCAAGAUAACUUAAUUUCACAUUAUUUUGGUAUUUGCUCUCUCCAAAUUUACAAAUGGCACUAAGUGGAGAUUUCUAUAUCUAUUCAUCAUAGUUAAUAUUCUUCCUUUAACCACAAGAAGAGUAAUGAACUGGACAAUCAGAGUAACAGUAUGCUUGGGUACUGAAUGAUUGUAAAAUGGGUAUUUCUUUCUACUACAGCAUUUAACUUUUAAGGGAAACCAUCUUGCAGCAGGAAAAGUCUGCUUGGUGCAAUGCCUUCAUUCCUACCGAUAUGCAUUUCUUAUUGUCUGUAACUGUAAGCAAGUCUUUUAAAUAGAGACUUUGUCACUACACUCAGAAUGUAAUUAUUUUGGUAUUUCAAGUUAUGUCGUGGUGUAUUCAGAGGCACAAGGAGGUGCUAAGAUUUAGUGCCAUUCAAAGGAAAACUCUCGGCACAGUAUUGCUCGAUACCAAAUUGGGGUUUUAUGGUUACCCUUCAGAAGGAUAUUUUAUUUUUGCCUUUGUUUUUUUUAUCCUACCUUUUAUUACCAAAUUUUAAUGCAUUCCUGUUUCUUGUAGUUUCUGUAGCAAACCUGAUUUUGUUUAUCCUGUUUAAAUUGUCAGGUAAAGACUGUGAAGAGAGAAAUGUUUGUAGCUCUGUAUUUAAUUGCCUGUAUUCUUAACAUAUGUAUGUAAAUGAACAUAUAUGGUUGAUUAUUAAUGACAUGUCAUACAUCUUUAAAGAAAAACAUUGUGAUUUACAAGUCUUUAUUAUAAUAUUACUUUUAAUUUAACACUUUGUAAUUAAACUGGAUUGGAAUGUUUAGUGUAUCAAAAAAACUAACAUCCAUGGUUAAAAGAAAAGCGUAUUGAGUUAUUUUGAAAAUGUGUUUGUGUGCAGAGGUAUACUUUAUUGCUGUCAUUGCAGAUAUGUGGAUGUGAGGGUUAGCAAUGUUGCAUUAUGUUGACCUGGUGGCAUGCCCUGGUUGUCCUUUGUUGCAUUGGAUCACCAGAAGCAUCAACAAUAAUACUGUGGUACUACUUUCUAGUGGUUUCACUGAUAGCAUCCACAACCUGAUUACUGUGUAAUCAAAACUUUUACUAUGGUCCAGAUUUUCGAGGGGCUUUGGAAGUCAUCUCAUCGUGCUCAUAGCACUGAUGGAGUAAGGUCAGGUUUUGGUUUUCAGUAAAUGUUGUACAGGAGCAGGUGGGUUGAGUUGUGUGUUGUGAGGAAAAGAGUUAUGUUCCUCUGUUCUCUUUUUAUCCAUUGUUUUGGUGUUGUUUCAGUACAGCUAUGUAAGUUGGAUACCAAAGGAAUUGGCAUUUGCAGGUGUAAGGCUAUUUAAGGACUUGUUUGGUGAAGAUAUGUAGAUUUGUUGUUUUAUGUCUACUUUGUUUUAGAGACAGUAUUGUAAAUCUCUUCCUUGUAUCUUUUGCAGGGUUUGUAAGUCCCAUUAUUUGCAAAUGACUCGUGGCCAGGCAGUGUGUUCAUGAUUUUUGUACUUUGUUUGGAUCCAAUUAAUGAAAGCUUUUAAGUUAUUGGGUCAACAUAUCUUUGUGUUUUAUUGCUAGUUAUGAUUACAAGCCAAAUACCUCAGCAUGAAUAUCGUCACAAAAGUGCAUGUAAUAUGUUGAAAUACAGGGUUUUUCUUUGAUUUUAAGUUUUCUGUGUUGUGUUACAAAAAGACAGGACCAAAAUGGACCAUUUUCUUUAAAGGUAUAAAGGUAUAGUAAUCCUCAGUACAAUAUAUGAUUGCAUUUAAUUUUUAAACUUUUCUUAUAUUUUCUUUGAAGUGUAAUAUUCACUUAUAAAAUGCUGUUAUGCUUUUGUACACUAAUGUCACACUGAAGGAAUUCGGUAGCCACUCAGGAACCUACUUUGCCCCAUCAAGAACUCAUCUGUGGCAUGCUUGUGAAAUUUUCAGUAUUGAUUUAGUUCCUAAUUUGAAGAUACAGUCUUGCUUGAAAAAUGGUAAAAAAAGAUUAUCACUCUCUACACUGGCAUUUGUUAUUUCUCAUUUCCUAUGUGGUAUUUAACUCAUCUCAAUUAUACUUAGGUCAAUGAACUCUUCCUUAGGUCGUCCUUACCCCACAGAUGGUUCUGUGGGCUUAAAUGCCUCCUUAUUGGCUUAGGUGUUAGGCUGCCUUAUUUUAGCAUAAGCGUCAAGGUACUUAAAACUCUUGCUGCUCUAACUCUGCCAACUUCAAACAAUAAAGAAGAGAUUAAAACUU